CUACCACCCUGGAGUGCAUGAUCGACUGCCAAUACGACGUUAGAGCGGCCGCUACGUAGUACCUUGACAGAUGACGAGAUCCUCUCGGCAUAUUUAAGAAGGACGGCCAUGUAUCUGGAUACUUUAGGUGCUUCAACAUCACAUGCGAGUCGUGAAGAUCGGGGCGAGAGAACCCCUGGCCCACUCGUCCCCCAUGUAGGCUUGCAAUCGCCACGGAAGAGGCUCCGCAAAUAGCAGCAUCGCCAUCAAAUGGUCGAGAGGUUUUGGGACGGGCAGCAUGACCCCCACCUAUCUUGAAGCCCGUUGCUUUAAGGAUCAGAUGGUCUGUUCAUCGCCGGUCUCGACAGCCAUGUCGUUCCUGUCCCUUCAUUCCGACAGACCACCUUCUCUCGAGCCGCUCCCUUUUUCGACAUGGCGAGUCCAGACGCCAGCAACGGCCAGAUCUAUGAAGACUAUGUCCCGCUGAGCCCCAAGUCGCUGGGGCCCUUCAUCACGGGGCUCGUCCUGGUCGGAUGGACGACGGCGUGGAUGGCGGCCCGCCUCUACUGCCGCAUCAAGAUCCUCAAGAUCCGGCUCAUGUUUGAAGACUGGCUGCAGCUCUUCGCGCUGCUUUGCUUCUAUGGCGAUGUCGCGGCGUACGCGAUCCGUGCUAUUGUUGGGGCAGCCAACUACCCGAACGAGGUUCUCCAAUGGUAUCACCUCGAGCGGCGGGAUCAGGCCACAAUCGCCUUGAUGAUCAUGUACACCAUGGCAGUGGCCGCAGUCAAGCUGAGCAUCAUCUGGACAAUGUCGCGGAUCUUCUCCCAGAAUAGGGUCUUCCGCUACAUCGCCUACGCGACCAUGGUCUUCUCCGGGGUGCUCAUGCUCGCGCUUCUCCUGCUCAACGUGCUCUGGUGCGCCCCGGACAUCAAGAUCCUGUGGUCCUGCGACCUCACCGCCAUCCAGACGCACUGCGCGGGCCCGGAGGCCGCGCUCAGGGCCGAGAUUGCCAUGUCGACGCUCAACCUCCUCAAUGAGAUUGUCAUCUUCUUGUUGCCCGUGCCGAUGGUGUGGCGGCUGAGGAUAGGGUGGAGGUACAAGGCCGGAGUGUUUUGCAUCUUUGCCAUUGGUAUUCUGACCCUCAUCUGCGCCUUUCUCCGCCUCGUGUUCCGCGUUUGGGACGACUGGCCCACCAACGACAACAACAUCAGCUCGUUCUACGCCAGUCUGCUCCUGCUGGAGCCGGGGCUCGGGCUCAUCGCCGUGUCGAGCAUGGGCAUGAAGCCCAUCUUUGAGGUCGUCCUGUCGCCGCUGCUCGGCACCUCGAGCAGCAAGGCCGCCUCGAGCGGCAACAAGCCCAAUAGUGCCCUCGAGUGCCCACCACGGAAACAGAGUGCGGCAAGCAUCGUCAGUGAUGUCUCGUUUGGCACUCAAAGCGGAGACGCAAUCAUAGAAGACAGGAGGCCAUCAGCAUCUUACACCUUGUCACCAUCCGCGUCACGCCAAGUCUCGACCAGCGAGAUGUCCACCGGCAGCGCCAGCAGCAACAGCAACAACAGUCGUAGCAGAAGGUCCGCGCACCUGGCCAAGCACUCGACCGCGUCCGCGGAUUUCGAUGCCUUCCUUCACGGCCACAGAGGCAGCGGCGGCACGGAAGUCGCCGCGAUGCGGCUGUCUUCGUGGGCGUCGUCGGCAUCUUCAUCGUCUUCUUCCUUAGAGCUGCCACUCUCAUCCUCGUCUGAGGAAGCGCUGCCAAUAGCUAACAUUGGUGCCUCGCCGCCAUCGUCUGCUAUGCCGGAGCCUCAUCAGAGAACUCCUGACACAGCUCAGUCUGCUGGCGAAGACGGCUGUCGUGACGUGAGCCCCACGGAAGAGCAUGCUGAGGCAGAGACACAGAUCGAGAUACUAUCCAGCACAUCGCCAUCGCUGGUUAGAUCAUGAGAACCCACGAGAAUUGCAGAAAGCUAGAAUAAUGAGCAGCCAUGCGAAGGGGCCUUCUCUUUUUUUCUUUUCUGGGUCUUGUGGCUUUGUAGAUACCGUAACCUAUUCUUUUAUCCUUAGUCUGAUAGGUACCUUGAAUUUGAGAGAUUCGAAGGCUCCGUGAAA